CGUAGCCUCAGCCUGUAGUUUUUUGACUCUUGUGUAUAUCUGGACGCCUACCGCUCCGUACCAUUGUACCGCUUCGGACGCAGUUCAGUCUCCCCUCACCAAUAUACAUUUUGUGCAUUAUUACUCCAUAACAAUUCAUCCUGCUUCGGACGUUUUAUCACCGCAUACAAGUGUCGUUAUUGUGAGAAAAACACGUAACAAGAUGGAGAAUUGCAGCUUUCAGACUGAGCUGGUGUCCAUCAUGGAGAUUUUAGCCAAGGCAGCAGUCGCUGAAAUAAACAGACGUGUGGACGACAGUUGUGCAGUGUUACGCCUGGAGAUUUCUCAGAGCCAGAGUGACAUAUAUGUCCUUAAAAAGAAGUGUGACGUUAUGGAGGCAGAGCUCAAAAGGUCGAGGAUUCGAGCAAAGAAAAAAGGUUUUAGCCCUUCCGUUCACGCAAUAUGUUCUCCAAUGGCCAAAGACGUCUUAAAUAAAGAGGCAGAUACGGUGUCAUGGGGCAGAGAGUCCACAAUUGAGCAAAUCCAAGCCCUGCAGCGUGGAGAUCUUGGGUCUGCGAACGAGAUGGACGUCCUUCCAAUCAAAGAAGAGGGAACAGAAGAGGAUACGUGGAACCACGGAAACCAGGGGCAAAGCUUUGACACUUCUUCUGUUACCGAGAUAUGUUCUCCAUUGGUUAAGGACAUUUCCCACAAAGAGGUGGAUCUGGUAUCUUGGGGCCGAGAGUCGACACUUGAGCAGAUGCAAGCUCUGCAGCGUGGAGAUCUGGAGUCUGGGAACGAGAUGGACGUCCUCCCCAUCAAAGAAGAGGGCACAGAGGAAGACAGGUGGAACAGCGGCCAUCAGGGGCAAAGCAGCAGGCCUCUCACCCCCGACGUCUUCCCCGAGCACUACCCCUCCGAGAGCCCGCCCCUGCUGAGCGACCCCACGGCACCGGAACCCUUCCCUCGCCAAACGGCGCCGCAGCUGCUGCACGACCGGACCCACCCGGCCAUGAAGCGGGAGGAGCCCGACAGGGCGGCGGCGGCGGCGGCGGCGGCGGCGUGCGCCCUCGACUCAGGAGGCGCCUUCCUCCCGGAGGACGAGGAGGAGGCGGAGCCACAGCAGUGGGCGCCCGCCGACCGCAGCUCCGACGACGGCAGCUCGGGCGACCCGGGGUUCCUGUUCGGUGCCGCGCGCCCCGAGUACGAGCAGAGUCCCUCGCUGUUCAAGCACGGGCUGCCGGCCAUCCGCUACGUCGGCGUGGACCUGGGGUCGCCGGGGCACUCGGCGGGGAAGCUGCACCUGGCGAGCAGGCUGACGGCCGCGCGGGCCCGCCGGCGAGCCAGGAACCUGAACUACAAGCGGCUGCAGCAGCAGCAAGCGCACGCGCACGUGCACGGCGAGGCUCACCACAGCGGGUCCAGCCAUCCGCCGGCACAGCAGCAGCAGCAUCAACAACAACAACAACAACACCAACAACAACAAUUACAAUUACAGCAGCAGCAGCAAUACAUGGCGGCCGCCGGGGACAUGAGCGACGCCAGCCAGGGCCCGUCGGCCGCAGGGAACCCGCUGGGCUUCUGCGGCGGCUCCCGGGGCAACGUGGCCCUGGCCAAGGCCCGCAUGAGGGCCAUGUCCUGGAGGAGCGGCAGCGUCGGGGACAAGCGCUUCUGCUGCACGUACUGCGACAAGAGCUUCGUGCGCUUCUGCCAGCUGGAGGAGCACCUGCGGCGGCACACCGGGGAGAAGCCCUUCAGCUGCCUGCAGUGCGGCCGCAGCUUCACCAAGCAGUGCAACCUCAUCCGCCACGCCGUGGUGCACAGCGGGGAGAAGCCGCACCAGUGCGCCGCGUGCGGGAAGUGCUUCACGCAGCGCUCCAGCCUCAAGUCCCACCAGAAGACGGCCCACUGAGCCCGCACGGCCCGGGGGCGGGCCGG